CUCAUCUGCUCGUCACCGUUCACUGUUCAGCUGUCCUAGGCCACGCGCCGUCGCUCCAAUUCUUCGAAUACCCGAAUAAGAACUGUCACCUCUCGACUCAGCUCCCUCGUUUGAAUUAUCACAAACAGAACGCGGGCAACGAACAAUGAUACCGAGGGAAGCAACGAUCUCGAUCGACUUCUACGCGCGCUCCUCCCUACCAUGAGAACACUUCUCCAACCUCUUCGGACCACCGUCUCUCAUUUCUCUCCCAGACCUCUAUGGCUCCACAGCCGCGCCGCCGACGACCUCUUCGUCUCCAACGAGGUCCUCGCGAUCCUCGACGCCGUCAGCCCCGUAGAGCCGGCUCUCGAUCGCAUUUCCCCGUUUAUCUCCCACGACGUCGUCGAAUCCGUCCUCCAGGAGCAGAGGGACCGCGCGCGCUGCUUUCGGUUCCUUCUCUGGGCUAUGCGAGACAGGAGGUUUCGCGUUUGGGACUCUCACCGUUUGGUGGUCAACAUGCUCGCGGAAGAAGAAGGCGGGUUCGAUGUAUACUGGAGGGUUCUCGAGGAGGUCAAAAGCUGCGGGCUUCGGAUCGUUUCCGAUGCUUUCCUGGUGCUGAUCUCGGCGUAUUGGAAGAUGGGUAUGGCCGAGAAGGCCGUGGAUGCAUUUGGGAGGAUGAGGAAUUUCGAUUGCGAGCCCAAUGUUUAUACUUAUAAUAAGACAAUGCACGUUAUUGUGCAGAAGCAGAUUAUUUUGUUGGCUCUGGCGAUUUACAAUAAGAUGGCGAAGUCCGAUUGUUUGCCAAACGGAGCUACGUAUACCAUUCUGAUUGACGGGUUCUGCAAAACUGGCGAGAUUAAAGAUGCUCUCAAGAUGUUUGACGAAAUGACGCUGAGAGGUAUAUCGCCCAAUGAGAGGACUUACACAGUUGUAGUCGCAGGGCUGUGUCAAGCGAAGAGCACGGAUCACGCUUAUAAGUUGUUUGAGUCUAUGAGGGAGAGAGGGUAUAGGCCUGAUUCGGUUACUUACAAUGUUUUGCUUGAUGGGUUCUGCAAAGCAGGUAAGAUAGACGAGGCUUUGUUGGUUCUGCCGACAUUUAAGAAGGAGGGGUAUGCACUUGGGCUGAAGGGUUAUAGCAGUUUGCUUAAUGGGUUAUUUAAAGCUGGGAGAUACAACGAAGUGGAUGUGUGGUAUAGGAUGAUGGUUAAGGAGGAGGUCAUACCUGAUGUCACCUUGUAUGCCAUACUGAUUCGGGGUUUGUGUAAAGCAGGCAGGAUGGAGGAUGCAAUGAGUAUGCUUAAGGAGAUGACCCAGAGAGGUCUAAUUCCAAACUCAUAUUGCUAUAACGCUAUAGUGAAAGGGUUUUGUGACAUGGGUCUUCUUGACAAGGCUCGGUCUCUUCAACUCGAGAUAUCACAGCGUGAUUCCGUUCAUGAUGCCUGCACUUACACGAUUCUGAUAUGUGGUAUGUGCAGGAACGGGCUAGUUGGAGAGGCUCGAGAGAUAUUCGACGAGAUGGAAAAACACGGCUGUUUGCCUUCUGUCGUGACCUUCAAUGCUUUAAUGGAUGGGCUCUGUAAGGCUGGUGAGCUCAAGGAAGCCCACCGUUUGUUCCACAAGAUGGAGAUAGGCAGAAAUCCUUCAAUAUUCCUUCGGCUUUCUCAAGGUUCCAAGCGGGUCUUAGAUAGCGAGAGUCUCAAAGAGAUGGUGGCGCAGUUAUGUGAAUCCGGAUUGAUUCUUAAGGCCUACCAGCUUCUAAUCCGGCUUGCUGAUAGUGGUGCUGUGCCGAAUAUUGAAACAUACAAUACAUUGAUAAACGGUCUCUGCAAGACAGGCAACAUAGAUCCUGCUCUCAAUCUGUUCAAGGAGCUAAAGAUUAAGGGGCUUUCCGCGGAUUCGGUCACCUAUGCAACUCUUAUAGAUGGGCUACAAAGGGCUGAGAGAGAAGAGGAUGCAUUUAGGUUUUUUGAUCUGAUGGAGAGGGUGGGAUGCCCACCCAGCUCUUCAGUAUAUAAAUGUCUAAUAACGUGGUCGUGCAGGAGACGUAAGCUUCCUUUGGCAUUUAGUCUUUGGAUAAAGUAUCUGAAUAACCUUCCCGGCCAAGAUGACAGAACCCUAAAAGUAGCUGAGGAUCACUUUGAGAAAGGAGAAGUGGCGCAGGCAGUCAGGCACUUGCUGCAGCUGGAGAUGAGUCUGAAGGACUUUGAUCUUGCGCCAUACAACAUUUUCCUUAUUGGCAUGUGUCAAGCACAUAGAAUUGGAGAAGCUCUCAAAAUAUUUUUACUUCUCAAGGAGAACCGGCUCGAUAUCACUUACACAAGCUGUUUGACAUUGCUUCCUGCUCUGUGUAAGGAAGGAAACUUGGAUGCAUCGGUGGAGGUUUUCCUUUAUAUGUUGGAGAGAGGAUUCCACGUGAAGUUUAGACACUGCAACCAGUUGCUUCGCUCUCUUCUACUUUCUCAUGAUAGAAGGCAAUGGGCCUAUGGUCUAAUUGAUAAAAUGGAGUCUCUAGGAUUGAAAUUUCAUCUAUAUGAAUCUACGGAAUCACUCCUAUACAAACACUCGAACACGCAUAAUCGGGAACAAGUGACACCAGGGUAAACGUCGGCUUCUCAGUUUCCAGGGCAUCCUCAACUUUCCUCCCCAUCGAGCUGGAGAUAUCAGUGCGAUUGCGUACUGAUGCAAGCAUCUAGUUGGCCCAUUGGCCUACUCUAGACCACUGUGCCGAUAGAAGUUACCAUGAAGAUGGGUUUGUCUGGAUACUCCCUAGCAUCCAGGAAUUUUUGUAGUUCUUACCUGUAAUAUUAGAUAGGGCCAAAAUUAGCAGACAACACAUUCAUUCAUGUCAUUUCUCGGUGAUGUUGUGUUAUCAAACAUCUCUUCCUGGUCCGGAUAGAGGACAAAUAGGGUCCAUUAGACAGAGGUAAACACAUUAUUUCAAAGGGAGCAAUUUCAGAUGAUAUGCUCUGGUUUUGUUUUAUUCAAGUUGUGUCACCUUGUAGAGGAGAAAAGAUCAGCCAAAAUAAGUUGUAUUUGCCCGGCAUCCUAUUUACUCGGACUAUAGUAGUAUAUCUGUUCUGUCUCUCGAUA